AUGAAGCACCUCGCAGCCUACCUCCUUCUCGGCCUUGCCGGAAACGACUCUCCUUCUGCUGACGACAUCAAAGGUGUUCUGGGCGCUGCUGGUAUUGACGCUGAUGAGGAGCGUCUGUCUACUCUUCUGAAGGAGCUUGAAGGAAAGGAUAUCAACGAAUUGAUCGCCGAGGGCUCUACCAAGCUUGCCUCUGUUCCAACUGGUGGUUCAGGUGGUGGUGCUGCCUCUGGUGGAGCAGCUGCUUCCGGUGGUGCGGCUAUGGUUAGGAGGCAGUUUGCUAAUGAAUUCCAUAGGAGUCCGAGGAGGACAUGGGUUUCGGCCUCUUCGACUAAACGAAGCCAAUACCAAAAUAAAAAAUUGGAUACUUUUUUUUCUCCUGCUACAAAAGUUGCAAAAUACGGUUGGGUUACGGUGUUGCGUCUGUGGAUCAUUAUGGCAUAGAAGUUUAGGUUAAGGGCAUCGGCACCUCCGACCGGAUAUUUGAUCGCUCUCUACAAAGAAAA